AUGACAAAUCCAAAUCCAAACAAGCAAACUGUUGAGUUAAACCGUACAAGUCUUUACUGGGGUUUACUUCUCAUUUUUGUGCUUGCGGUUCUUUUUUCAAGCUAUAUUUUUAACUAA